AUGGACAACAUCUUGGAGAUUCUACAGACCAUUCAUAUUGGUGCAGUUGUUGCAACUUUCCUUUUAAACACUGGACGUAUUAUAAGAGCAGUAGACAUCUUUAACGAAUGUUUGGUGCUCCUUAACGGUAAAGCCCUAGAGACAAUCAAAGAACUUACCAUACCACUUCUUAUCUAUGUAUACCGUAAGCUUCUUGAUGGCUAUACUCUUGUGUACGAUCACACCCGUGCGAUAGAAUGUGGUAAAAGGCUUUUAAUGACACUACACAAUGGUACAAGUGGCCAAAAAGAAGUAGAAGGGAUGACAUUACUUAAACUAGCGAAAAUCUACUAUCAAACAAGCAAAUACGAGGAAGCAAAACAGUUUUACAAGAGAGCACUCAGCAUCAUGAUCGAGGUUGGAGAUAAUGACGGAGUUGGAACAUGUUACGGGAAUCUAGGAACUGUGUUUUAUCAUGUUGGUCAAUAUACCAAGGCUGAAGAAUACCUUCAAAAAGCACUAGUGAUCAGCAAAGAAAUCGGUGACAAAGAAGGAGAAGCAGCAGAUUACGGAAAUCUAGGAACUGUGUUUCAAUCUGUUGGUCAAUAUAUCAAGGCUGAAGAAUACUAUCAAAAAGCACUAGUGAUCACGAAAGAAAUCGGUGACAAAGAAGGAGAAGCAUCUGCUUACGGAAAUCUAGGAACUGUGUUUCAAUCUGUUGGUCAAUAUACCAAGGCUGAAGAAUACCUUCAAAAAGCACUAGUGAUCAGGAAAGAAAUCGGUGACAAAAAAGGAGAAGCAUCUGCUUACGGAAAUCUAGGAACUGUGUUUCAAUCUGUUGGUCAAUAUACCAAGGCUGAAGAAUACCUUCAAAAAGCACUAGUGAUCAAUAAAGAAAUCGGUGACAAAGAAGGAGAAGCAUCUGCUAACGGAAAUCUAGGAACUGUGUUCCAAUCUGUUGGUCAAUAUACCAAGGCUGAAGAAUACCUUCAAAAAGCACUAGUGAUCAAGAAAGAAAUCGGUGACAAAGAAGGAGAAGCAUCAGCUUACGGAAAUCUAGGAACUGUGUUUAAAUCUGUUGGUCAAUAUACCAAGGCUGAAGAAUACCUUCAAAAAGCACUAGUGAUCAGGAAAGAAAUCGGUGACAAAAAAGGAGAAGCAGCAGAUUACGGAAAUCUAGGAACUGUGUUUAAAUCUGUUGGUCAAUAUACCAAGGCUGAAGAAUACCUUCAAAAAGCACUAGUGAUCAGGAAAGAAAUCGGUGACAAAGAAAGAGAAGCAGCAGAUUACGGAAAUCUAGGAACUGUGUUUCAAUCUGUUGGUCAAUAUACCAAGGCUGAAGAAUACCUUCAAAAAGCACUAGUGAUCAAGAAAGAAAUCGGUGACAAAAAAGGAGAAGCAUCUGCUAACGGAAAUCUAGGAACUGUGUUUAAAUCUGUUGGUCAAUAUACCAAGGCUGAAGAAUACCUUCAAAAAGCACUAGUGAUCAGGAAAGAAAUCGGUGACAAAGAAGGAGAAGCAUCUGCUUACGGAAAUCUAGGAACUGUGUUUCAAUCUGUUGGUCAAUAUACCAAGGCUGAAGAAUACCUUCAAAAAGCACUAGUGAUCAAGAAAGAAAUCGGUGACAAAAAAGGAGAAGCAUCUGCUUACGGAAAUCUAGGAACUGUGUUUAAAUCUGUUGGUCAAUAUACCAAGGCUGAAGAAUACUAUCAAAAAGCACUAGUGAUCGAGAAGGAAAUCGGUGACAAAAAAGGAGAAGCAGCAGAUUACGGAAAUCUAGGAACUGUGUUUCAAUCUGUUGGUCAGUAUACCAAGGCUGAAGAAUACCUUCAAAAAGCACUAGUGAUCAUGAAAGAAAUCGGUGACAAAGAAGGAGAAGCAUCUGCUUACGGAAAUCUAGGAACUGUGUUUCAAUCUGUUGGUCAAUAUACCAAGGCUGAAGAAUACUAUCAAAAAGCACUAGUGAUCAGGAAAGAAAUCGGUGACAAAAAAGGAGAAGCAGCAGAUUACGGAAAUCUAGGAACUGUGUUUCUUUCUGUUGGUCAGUAUACCAAGGCUGAAGAAUACUAUCAAAAAGCACUAGUGAUCGGGAAAGAAAUCGGUGACAAAGAAGGAGAAGCAUCUGCUUACGGAAAUCUAGGAACUGUGUUUCAAUCUGUUGGUCAAUAUACCAAGGCUGAAGAAUACCUUCAAAAAGCACUAGUGAUCAGGAAAGAAAUCGGUGACAAAGCUGGUGUUGGAGCUUCAUACUUAAAUCUGGGAAAACUUUGUCGAGAAUUUCAACUUACUGCAAAGAGUCAAGAAUUUGCCAAUAAAGCACUUGAGAUAAGUUACGAAAUAGGGGACAUUGAAAUGCAGUUUGAAAGCCACCUUUCCAUUGCUCUGAAUGAGUUAGUGGCAGGAGGAAGCAUGACUGAACUUCUGCGAAAUCUGCAUGAAAGCAUUCAGAAGUGCGAAGAAAUGCAUGAUUUUUUAAGAGGGAAGGAUCAAUUCAAAAUUUCUUUUUUUGACGAGCAUGUGUCCCCUUACCUUUUUCUUUGUAGUUUGUUAAUUGCUACAGGCAGUUAUUAUGAAGCUCUUUACGUUGCCGAGCUUGGACGAUCCAGAGCACUAACAGACGCACUUUCAGAUAAGUACUUUGUGGAAAAAGGGGUAUCAGUCGACCAACAGUCAUGGAUUGGUAUAGAGAACAUUAUGAACAAAAAUUCACUUAGUUCUUGUCUUUAUGUUUCCUGCUUCGGUGAUAAUAUGUACUCUUGGAUCCUCAAGCCAAACAAAAUGAUAGUUUUUCGACAAACGAGACUCAAAGAAAGUGCACAUAAAGCGUUUGGAAAUCAGACAUUUGGUGGCUCUCUUGAUUUACGUCAAGACCAAUGCGAAGAUCGAUCAUUAUUUUCAUGUGUAAGUUCCCCGCUAUCUUGCAAACUAUCUCAGAGUGACAGCUUCGAAUCUUUGCGUCUUAUCGAAGAAGAGGAAGACGAAAAUCAAGACUCUAAACCUUUAACCCUUGCUGUUGGUUACACCAUGAUAGUCGCUCCUGUAGCUGACUUACUCCAAGAAUCAGAAAUCAUUAUUAUACCGGAUAACUUGUUGUAUCCUAUUCCUUUUGCUGCUUUAAAGGAUGGCAAUGGAAAGUAUUUAUCAGAUACUUUCAGGAUUCGCAUUGUCCCUUCCUUGACGACUCUUAAGUUGAUUCAGCUCAGUCCAGCAGACUACCAUAGUAAAACCGGUGCGCUGAUCGUAGGGGAGCCAGACGUUAGUGAUGUAUACUACCAAGGAAAGAUUCUACAGUUACAGCCACUGCCUGGGGCGAGAAAGGAAGCAAAGAUGAUUGGGCGACUGCUCGGUGUUCCACCGUUGCUUGGAAAGGAUGCAACUAAGCAGGCAGUCCUGGAAAGCAUGCAUUCAGUGAGUCUCAUUCACUUCGCUGCUCAUGGUAAUGCCGAACGUGGAGAAAUAGCUCUUUCCCCUAUAAGCUCCUGCGGAACUCCACACGAAGAAAACUACUUAUUAACGAUGGCUGAAAUUUCACAAGUUCGACUAACAGCCAAGCUGGUUGUCCUUAGCUGCUGUCAUAGUGCAAGUGGUCAGAUUAGAGCUGAGGGAAUUGUUGGAAUCGCUCGAGCAUUUCUAGCAUCAGGUGCACGCGCCGUGCUGGCGGCACUGUGGGCUAUAGAGGACAAAGCUACCAUGUGGUUUAUGAGUCAUUUCUACGAGCACCUUGUCCGUGGUGAAAGUGCCAGUGAAUCUCUUCAUCAGGCCAUGAAGUCGAUGAGAGAGGCUCGCUUUUCUGACGUCAAGCAGUGGGCACCCUUUAUGCUGAUUGGAGAUGAUGUGACAUUCAAAGGUUUGUAUUUGAAAUCAUUUUUAGGUUUUUUUAGUUAUCUUAGUCAAAAUUUGUGAAAUUGAUGUUCGUGAUACUACGCAUCAUUUUGAAAAAUAUUAUGAAGGGAGUUAUACUGAGUUUUCGUAGUUUUUUUUUUUUAUUUAUUGUCUUUUCCAACCCUGGUUAUGGAAGUGAGGUGACUGGAGAGAAGGCCGAAUUUAAUUAUUUUCCGAUUUUUAUGGAAUAUUUCGUAAAGCAUGCUCGGAUCUCUAACUAACUAAAGUUAAAAUGUAAAAAACGAUAUUUGAGAUUCCAAAGAGCAUACGAAAACAAUUUAUUAAUAUAUUACAGAGAAGAGAAGGAAGUGUUAAACACACUUUUUCUUGAGGGUGUACCUGAUGAAAGACAAAAUGUAGCCUGUUCCAGGUUCCGCGACUGAGUCGCUCCGUACGCCUUUCACCGCUUCAUCCCUACUAUCUGAGAGCCUGGAACAGGCUAAAAAAAAGCUGCUAAUAUUUUUAGUCUUAAAAAGAUUCAUCCUCAGGGAACCAGAGAUAGCGCAGAUGGUAUACGUACUAAUUACCGGUGGGCAAGAGUUUAAAAGCAGACGGGAAGAUUCCCUGGGUCCUUAAUCUAGCCUAAGCAGCUGCAGGAGCAUUCGAUUUUGCAACUUCUAUUUUAUACAGGUGUUUUUCUGGCAAAUGAGCUAAAAGCAACUCCCUUGUCGAUUUCGUGUGUUCUUAAAAGGAGGUCAUUUUCGACAUCAAUCGCCUCGUUUAUGAUGCUUGUUCCCCGGAGAAGUCGAAAGAUUUAAUAUACCCCCAAGAAAGUAUUCCAUUCGAUUUGACUGGGGUUUACAAUACGUUUUUCUUUAGUUCUCUUCGUGGUCGCGAUUUUGUACCAGAGGAGAUGGCUGAUAUUCUGGGCAACCAUUGCACAGGCUGCUCGGGCUGCUCGGGCGGCAAUGGAUAGCACGGUUGGCUUGAUAUCAAUCUCCUGCUUGAAGCUAUAAUCUGAUCAGUAUAAAAACAGCAAACGAAUCCAAGGAAUUUGAAAUAAAGUAAAAUAUCCUCACUGCAUACAUAAUUGCCUGGAGACGCGGGAAUUAAGUAACUCUUUUAAAUUCCGUGGUGUUGGGCCUGCGUGCUCGUGGCACGAUGCAUUGCAGGCCUUAGUUAGAAUUGCUUAGUUUUUGCCCGCCUCUUGGCUAGUUCAACGGGGUUCAGUGGAAGUGACUUAGAAGUUUCGUCCCUCCCACCUCCCCUGGUGGCGGUUGACGUCGCUUACUCUCAUUAUUCGGCAUGCCUAUUAUUCUGGCAGUCGCGGCAGUCGCGGUUGCCUCCCUUAACUUAGCUCCCCGUGUCGGAACAAUAGGUAUGCAGUGCGAAUAUUAUACGAAUCACAUUUAAGCUGAAAGUGAUACAAUAUGACUUUACUGAAUUUUUAGCAUAUAAAUGAUUCCUCAAAAUGUAAAGGUUUUGUUAUUUGUUUGACUUUGAAAAAAUCUGUGCCAGAUAUUUAGGUAAAACAUUUAGCGCAACGAGCAACAGAAGCAUGUUGAUCGAUGGCUAAAAAAAAUCGUGCAAAGAAUACAUACGAAAGGGAACCGUCAUGAUUGUUUUUUUUUUUUUAUUUCUAUCGCAGGUGUAUUUGAUAAGAGCAGUUUGAAAGAUGGCGAAGGUGCAACGGAAACAAAGAACUUGUAAACUGAGAGGAAACAUGUUCAAGUUGACAACUACUGUCACAGCUGUACAUAAAUGUAUAUACCUAGGAUCUCAAUGAAGUAGUCUUGUCUGAGACCUCAAAGUGAACAGGUGAUAAUUGUACUUUUUAAAGCAGGCGCCAUUUUGAUACGUUACAGGGGAAGGUGAAGCAUGAGCUGAGCGUGGAGCACAAGGAGAAGGGAUAGCCAGGACCAGUUAGUCGUCCUCAUAGUGGAGACGUCAAAGUUGUAUAGACCUUCUGAACCUAUGUCUACUAUAUUAGGGCUUCUUUCGUUCCACGUGACUUCUGCUACUCUCGUCAAGGCCUGCCCUUCAAUUUAUGCUUGCUUCAAAUAAGCUCAAUCACUUACAUGCCUUACAUCAACACGAGUAUUACUUUGGUUUCAUAAACUUUGUAAAUGUACUGAUCUUGACAAACGUGAUGAAAUGCCAAAUAGAUAUUUAAGUUAUAUUAUGAUUUUACUCCGUUAGUUCUGUCACACCAUCAAUGGUCAAAGGCCUUGGAUGAGGGCAAACAGGUGGACGUCGUUUUCCUGAACUUUGCAAAGGCUUUUGACAGAGUGGCACAUAAUAUCCUGCUGCAAAAAAUUUGUAAUUUUGGUAUCUCCGGUGCGCUUUGAAUUUAUGUAAGGAUUAUCUCACCAGAGAGUUGUCAUAGAAGGAAUAAAUUCUACAUGGUGUGCUAUUCCAUCGGGCGUACCUCAGGGCUCCUUAUUGGGCCUUUUGUUCUUUGUAAUUUUCAUUAGUGAUUUGCCUGAAGUAGUAAUGCCCGGAAACUGUGUUUCAUUAUAUGCUGACGACUGCAAAAAACUGUCCAGCUGAUCAUUCCGUAUUUCAGUCAGAUCUCGACAAUUUAUAUGCAUGGAGUCAACAAAACCUCAUGGAGUUUAAAGUGAAGAAAUGUAAACUAAUGCAUAUCACUAAAAGGAAAACACCUAUUCCCUCUGACUUACACUUAAAUAAUAGGGACCUUAAGAAAGACGACCACGACGGCAGUG